AUGGACUCUAGCCGACAGUCAGUACCGCUUUACACGCUCACAUUAGCCAUGGUCAUGCUGCUGUUUCUGGUGCUGCUGAAACUCAUCCCAGCCAACUGUCUGGACUUUGUUCAGGGGCGUAUCGUUGGCGGAUAUACCCCCUCGCCAAAUUCAAUCAAGUACAUCGUGUCGUUGCAGACCUCGAAGGGGCAGCACUUCUGUGGCGGAUCUCUGGUCCAUAAAUACUGGGUGCUUACAGCCGCCCAUUGCAAUAUCGGGAUGGAUCAGAUGAUGGUGGUGGCUGGAGACUAUACUUUAGGUGCUUAUGAGGGGACAGAGCAGUACUCCAAGCCUCUGUUGCUUUUUCCACACCCUCAGUACAACAGGAGCACCAAUAAUGCAGAUAUAAUGCUCAUAAAGCUUAGUGCGCCUGUGGAGCUGAACAGGUACGUGUCCCUCGCCCCACUCCCCAAACAGAACACAGGGCUGCUGGCGGGCAGGAUGUGCCGUGUGUCUGGAUGGGGCUCCACCAGCCACAGCGGAGGUCUGACGCCCCUCACCCUGCGUACGGUCAAACUCCCCAUCGUCUCCACCUCCAGGUGCAACAGCAGCAGCUCCUUUAAUGGAAACAUCACAGCAAACAUGAUCUGCGCGGGGUCCAGCAUGGGAGGAAAAGACGCGUGUAAGGGAGACUCCGGAGGGCCGCUGGUGUGUGAUGGACGGGUCUACGGCCUGGUCUCUUGGGGAAAUGGCUGUGGGGAUCCUAGGUUUCCGGGGGUUUACACGGCCGUGUCCAGGUUCCGUAGGUGGAUUGACCAGACCAUAUACAGCCCGUAUUCACGAUGCCUUAAGUCAGCUGGUCUUUUCAGCAGGGAAGACUAAAUUUCUAUGUGAAUGCCUCUUAAGCUCUAAAGUAAUGUGAUUAAUGUGCACGAUGUCUGACAGUGAUGUUGUGGAGACUGUUCACUACUGUACAUGUUUUCAUAUCAGUUUGCAGCUAGAUGUUGUGCAUAGUUAUAAUAAUAAACAGUCUCCCUUUUUAAUUGCACAUAUAUAUACAAGGGAAAUACCCCAGAAGGUUUCACUGUAGCAUAUUAAAUACAGACAAACUGCCUUUGUUUAGUUCAAUUGAUGAGACCGGGUAGCCAUACAAAGAUUUGACGUUGUACUGUACUUGCAACAAUGGAUGUUUGCACAUGUAAUAGGACUGGGUGUGUCUGCAAUUACUCUUCUCUGAAGGUGGCAUCAGUUCCAGGAGCUUUUGGUUUCACUGCCUGCACAUGACACCACGUGUAAGAUGAUCGCCGCACGAACUACACACAAUGAUUCGCCAAAGUUUAUGUGUGUAUCAUAUGAAUGCAUCCCAAAAGUUUGUUUGAUAAUAAUAACUUUAAUGUAUCUGGGGCAUCACUCAUUACUUACAUAAUUAAAAACAAUGGGUAACAUUAAGCAUAAAGGUUAAACCAACCAACAAUGCAGGUCAUUUGGGAAUAGUGAUGUUUUUGAGGAGGUCUGCUAACAUGUUUGGCUGUAAAGGAGUAAUCUGAUGGAUCUCUGAAUAGAGUUUCAUGGGAAAUAAAUCACAGAACAGCGUGUUCCCACAGGGAAAGUAUUGUGAAUGAAUAUGCCACACAAAAAUGAGUCAAU